AUGUCUAAGAUUACUUCUUUGAAGACAGUUAUCCUGAGCUGCCUCUUUACCAUCUUCGUUACUCUUGAAGCUGCGUGUCCUCCCGGAUGGGUGACAUGGCAAGACUCCUGCUACAUCUUACUGCCUCAGAAGAUGAAUUGGACUGAUGCGUUCAGGGCUUGUGAUCGUCCUGGAAGCGCCAUUGCUAUGCCUGAAUCUCAAAAAGAACAAGAUUUUAUUUGGCGAGAAAUGAAAAGACAGGGGACACAAAAUAAUCCAAUUGAAGAAGGUGACUUUGAACUUUGGAUUGGGUGCAAGGAAAAUCGGACCAAUCCUAGACAACUGUCGUGCCCUGGUAAGAAAGUUGAUUCCGACUACACUAAUUGGAGAAAGGGGUGCUGUCGAGGAUCAGACGACUGCGUCAGAAUGCUGUCGAACAGCGGUGAUUGGGACGAUUGCCCUUGUUCCGCUACCUUUUUCGCUGCUUGUGAAAUGCGCGUCCCUCAUCCCGUGUACUGCCUGACGGCUGACGAUGACGGUCUCUUUACAUCUCGGUGUCUGCUCAACCAUGACAUCAAGAACCUGACGGCCAAGGGAGUCGUUGGGUGUGGUCAGGCGUGCUGGGCGGAGCCUCGAUGCCACUCCUUCAAUCUCUGGCAGCAGGGCAAGAUAUGUCAGCUUAACAACGCAUCCCGCCUGGAGGCUGGCGUCGCUGAUUUCAAGAACAUUGAGGGCUGCUCCUUCUUUGAACUGUAA